AUGGCAGCCAACACUACGCCAGUCAAGAUCAUGUGCGUGGUCAAAGUCGCGGGCGACGGGAAUUGCCUGUUUCAUGCGCUGGCCUUGCACGAAAGCAUCGCCGGUCCCGAGUUAAAGACCGAAGUGAUUGAUUUUAUGGAAGUCCUUGCUGAGGAUGACCCCGCCCUACGCACAACUUGGGCUGAAGAGGCAAACUAUCUACGCAGCGACGACACGCAUUGGGGAGGGCAAAUGGCUAUCGUGGCCUAUUCCGCUAUGAGACAGAAACGGGUCAUUGUCCACGAAAAGCCAGAGGGCGGCGACGUGAACGUUGCAGAGCACAGCCACCCGUCUGUGGCUUCUCAAGAUGGGGUAGAAACAAUCCACGUCCUCUACAACGGCGUCGACCACUAUGAUGCUUUGCUGGAGAUAGAGGACGCCUCUGGUUUUCCACCGGCCUGGCCGCAGCCGCCGCCACCUCAAUACGUCAAGGUUUUGGAAAUAGUCAAUCCAAUACUGCGCAUGCUUGUGCAACCAACCCCCGCCGAGGAAGAUUUCCCACUGUUGAGGGCACCAAGCGAGGCCGCAGUGCACCAGAGAAGCUCUAAGUUCAAGGCGCCCAAGCCAAAGAAAGGCGCAGGAAAGUCCAAAGCAUCCACGCCCAAGCAGGCGGAAGCAGCAGCGCCCAAGGCAGGGGACAUGCCCCUCCCACCUCAAGAACCAGAGGCUGACCUACUUCAAGACCUCUCAGAUUGCGCGGUGGCAGCUCAAUCAAACCACCCACAUCGCUUGGUGGAGGAUUUGAUCAAGGACUUGGCUUACCGAUGCAUCCGGGAGAACCCGACCAUGCCACCAGAUGCAACUCUUGCAGACAAAGAUGCCGGUCGAUUGUGGCCACGUACUUUUUGCGCUUUCAAGGGCUGCAGUUGGGCAGAACAAGAUGGACCAGAAGACGCGCUGCACUCCCAUCUGAAGCGGGCUCAUUGCGAUGACUUGCAGAACAUCUCUCGGCACAUGCUGCGCCGUGACGCAGAAGAUGCACUGUUCAGUGUAUAUUCCGCCGCGGUCGCGGAAAGGUGCCGGACAGAAGCGCCCCUUGCCGGCGCCUCCUUCGAUCGCAAGGCUUUGAAAUCCUUUGCCGACGCGACAGCUGGUGAGCAGGUGGAGUCCCUAAUUUGCAUGUGCUGCGGGGGCGUUUAUCCAUACGUGGCUGAGAUCGCAGACAAGGGUGACAUCCAGUGGUAUAAGCCCCUCCAGCGUGAAUCGCCGGGAGAAGAGCUCAAGUUCUUUGACCUCCCCUUUGCACGCGUGCAAGAUUUGAUCGGACUGGAGGCCUACUUGGACAAGUACGAUUUGAUCAACGAUCGUACCGGCUCCAAAUUGUCGGACCACGAAUCGUUUGAAGACUGGACGCUCAAGCUUGGCGACAAAGAUCACCGUUGUCGAGCGCAGCCGGCACAUGCCACCGACAAGGUCCUUGCUUGCGAAGAGUGCGAAGUGCCCGUCUGCCGGCAGUGCCACGAGGACCUCACCAAGGCCAAGCUUCCACGGCUAAGCUAUGCCAACGAAAUGUUCACAGGAUAUGGUCUCAAGCGCAUUUACACAGACAAGGUCACUGCCAUGGAACUGAUUUGUGCCAGCCCAGCCCUCACAUCUAUGAUUCUCAUGAGCAUGGAGAGCAAGCAUCGUGCACACUCAAAGACCUCAGCCUUUGAUGAGCAAGCCCACAUGGCUCGGCACAGGUAUGGCGCAAGAGGAAACGUCAUCACCUUUCCCUUGCCCACAGAAGAAAUCUUGCGGACCUUGAACGAAUUCCUAGACUCAGAUGAGGCUUCUCCACCGUUGCCCCGAUCUGGCCAGCAGUUGGGCGACGUCGUGCGAGUCAUUUUGCGAACCAACAAGGAUGGCCACACGUCGGAGGAAGACAUCAAGACAUUGAUACAUCAAGCCAAUGUGCGAAGAGAGGUAGUGGUGAACCUUAUCCUGGAUAUGAAGAAGCUGGGCCACUUAGCCUUUGCCGGUAUAGAAGAAGAGGUGGUUCGCCGGAACGCUGCAGCCCUCCCUGAAGACGGCAUCCCUCCAGAAGUCUACCAAGUGAUCCAGGAAGUCAGCAACGCCAAAGAUUCACUCCAGCCACAGAAGGCCGCAACACCAACGGACGGCAUGCACACAGACAUUGUCGAAGCAGGCGUGUCGCUUUUCGUCGAAGCAUCGCCACUGCGAGGAAAUAAAACUUUCCUUGCAGAAGGGCAGAGCUUGCAUCAAGCGCAUGAAGUCCAAGCUGCAGCGCUUCAAGACCUCAGAGAGAACAUGAUGAGCGAAGCCGACCGUGCUGCCAGCGAGCGAGCGCUGGAAAUCCGCACGGGGAACAAACUCUUGGAUCAGUUCGAGUCUUACUAUUGGUGCGUGGCCUUUUGCUUUCUCUUUCCAUAUGCCACAGCGGGGCCUGAUGUGCAGAAAGUAUCCGGCCAGCAUGUGGGCUACCAGUGCGACUACGGAUGCAAGCGCCUCAAGAUUGCCACUCGUGAGGUCCACCAUCUCUCUGCCUAUGAGUUCGCUCGCGAGUUCGAUUUCGCGCUGGCAAGCCACCCCACCACCCAAAGAAGCCAUGAAAAGCAUAUGGAAGAUCCAGGAAAAUACCACGCCGUUUUAACUGCAAAGGGCGUGGCGGAAGCGGCCAAAAGGCGCCCAGACAUGCUACCAGGCUUGCAUUACACAAUCCGCGAGGAAGGUGGGCCGGGCGCAUCCUGGCUUCCACUUGGCGACGGUGAGCACGCGCAGCCUUACCGGCAUGACUGGAUCAUCCUGCCGCGAAGGCGCCCAUAUGUGCCCGUCAUCUUUGGCGCGCAAGGCAGCCGCUCGAAGAAGAAAGGUUCGCACGAGCUGGAGGAAAGCGAAGAAGACGAAGUGGUGACGACGAAGCUACAUGAAAUGACCAAGCAUAUGUUCAAGCUCUCCGGCUCCAUUUGGCUGCGAGCGGCACGCAACCCUGUGGACCAAACAUGCCAAGCGCGGGAAAGCUUGAAUCCAGAGCCAGCCAUCGACCAUGCAUUGGCAAAGAAAUCUGCGCAAGCUUCCAGCAACAAGCACUCCUCACAGACGCGCAAGGUAAUGGGCAUGCUUGGCGCUCCUGUUGGCGAGCCCAGCGUGCAGGAGGUGCGGCCUAGACUCACGGCCGCGCAGCUUCGUGAGUGGCUUCAUAGCGACCACGUGCAACAAGGCACAAACGCUCAGCAGCACCAAUUCUUGGCGCUGGUGGUCGAAAGGCUCCUAACAGAACAUCGCUUGAUCCCACCCAAUGAAAGAGCACUCGGAAGCGAUGAGCCUUUACUACAUCUUCUGCAUGGGCCACCUGGCACGGGCAAAUCUCAUUGCUUGGUCUUUUUACGAGAGCUCUUCGACUCGGUAUUGGGCUUCAGGCAAGGCAUCGACUAUGAGGUUGUGUCAUAUCAAUCAGUCAACGCCGUUGCCUUGGGUGGCACAACCAUACACUCUGCUUGUGGCUUCAACGCCGACGAAUAUCAGGCCAAAGAAGCUGCGGCCGUUGCGGCCACCACAGCGAAAAGGAUUUCCUUCUGGCGAUGGCUGUUCAUUGACGAAAUCAGCAUGGUUGGGGCCAGGCUCUUUGCGCGCAUGGACCACCGCAUCCGGGCCGUAAAGCAUGACGCCGACCAGUUCAAGCUCGACAAGAAUGGCCAGACCAGGAGUGAAGAGGCGCGCGACAUCGAGCGGGCCCCUGAAAUAUGCAAGCUGCACGACGUGCAAGCGCCAGAAGAUCGAAGCAGAAACGACGAUCAUCCCGCGGGUGCUGGACAGCAGUUGCACGCGGAGCCAGAGCGGUGCUCAGACUUGCGCUAUCAACAGAGUGUUUAUUUGCAAGCUGCAAAGAACACUUCUGCCGAGGUAUCUGGCCUUCAAUUUGCUGCGGCCAACUGGACAGAGAGCCUCGCAAGCGUCAAAAAAACCGCGGCCCGUGGCACUUUCUGA